AUGGAUCCUAAUUUAUGUAAGGCUGUUAAGAGUAAGGAUAUUGAUUUCAUCAAAAUUAUAGCUCAAGAUACGGAGCAACCUUCUCUCUCCGACAAAACCCCCGAAUUAAAUAGAAUCCUUCAUCUUGCUGUUGCAAGCUCAGACGAUGAUCAUCAAUUUGUACAAGGGAGCCUGGAGAUCCAACUGUGCCAAAAAUUUGUCACGGAAAAGAACUCCAAUGGCGACCUUCCUCUUCAUGUAGCUCCAAUGGCGACCUUCCUUUUAGUCAAGUUGUCUAACGAGCAGUUGAAAGAUCACUGCGAUUGUGUACCACUAGUGGAGAAAAAUAUGGAGGAGAAUGCAACUUUGCACCUAGCCUUGAUAAAAAAAUUCCAAGUGGGUCGUAAUUCGGCUUUGAAAGCCAAGUACAAUAAAGUGGCCAAGUUCUUGGUUGAGAAAUGUCUAGAAGUGUCCUAUUAUCCAAAUAAGGAACGCGAGUCUCCUAUCUAUUUGGCAGCAGAAGGAGGAGAUGAGAAACUCGUGAAGCUAAUGAUAACUACGAAUCGCCUGCCAUAUAGCAAAUCAAUUGUUCACGCUGCCAUUUAUUAUCUCAGGACAAUUUCCAACCUGCCAUAUGGAAAAUCAAUUGUUUGUUUUUUUUUUUUUGGUCAACAAAGGUUAUAUCAUUAA